UUAUCGUUUUUAUUUGUAGUGGCAGUAGUGCAAUUUUCAUUCCUCCUAUUUUAAUUCCUUUCUAUGAUUCUAUCUUAACUAAAAUUUUGUACAGAAAAACCAGCCAAGGUGGAUUGAAAAUAAAAUAAUAACAUCAUUUCUAGAAUUCCAUCCACAGGCCACAGCUACAGGCUACAAUCUACAAUGGCUUCAAUGCCUGAACUUGUUUCUGAAAGCAAUGUUGGCCAAUUUCUGGACAGCUUUGAUGCAUUUAUGACAGACUGUGAUGGAGUGUUAUGGUCUGGAGAUACAGUUCUCAACAAUGCUAACAUUGUUAUCAACAAACUCAUCUCCCUUGGCAAGCAAGUUUUCCUGCUCACCAACAACUCCACUAAAAGUAGAGAUGAUUAUGUUGAGAAGUGUGUAAAAUUGGGAUUUAAUGUUACCAAGGAAAACAUUGUAAGUUCAGCAUAUGUCCUCGCUCUUCACCUGCAGCAGCUGGGAUUUGAGAAGAAGGUUUACAUGAUGGGAACAACUGGCCUGGCCAAAGAACUUGAUGCUGUUGGUGUGAAGCAUGUUGGACUUGGGCCAGAUCCUCUGUUUGGGAAAACGUUUGAAAUGAUCGACUUAGUUGUGUUGGACCCUGAAGUUGCUGCUGUUGUCGUGGCCUUCGAUCCAUAUUUCUGCCUGCCUAAGAUCUUGAGGGCAGCAUCUUAUGUCAAGUCUGUCCCUGGAUGCCUGUUUCUGGCCUCCAACACAGAUGAAAGCUUCCCUUUUAAAGGAUCAAAUUUAACCUAUCCAGGGACUGGGUGUUUCGUGCGAUCUGUAGAGUGUGCCGUAGGGCACGCCGCGCAAGUGAUGGGUAAGCCUGAGCCGCACAUGUUUGAGGUGCUCAGGAAGCGCCACCACAUCAAGCCUCAGAGAACCAUCAUGGUUGGUGAUCGGUGCAACACCGACAUUCUGCUGGGCACCAAGUGCGGGUUACACACGCUGCUCGUGCUCACGGGCGUGCAUAAGCUAGACGACGUCCAGAAAAUGGUCGACGACCCAAGUCUCAACGACCAAGUGCCCCAGUACUACUUGCCUUCGCUGGGAGAUCUGCUCGAGUUUCUCAAAUGAAAUUAUCUUUGAUUUUGUUGAAUUUGCUUCAAACUUUAGAAAACAUGUGUUAUUAAUUCACGUUCCGUUUAUUCUGAGUUUUGGUGCUGUGUUCUAAAAUUCUGCUUCCCUUACCAUUUGCUUCUCACCGACUUUCUAGUCACUCUCCUCCUUUGUUGAUUUAGUUUUUUAGUUUCAAUUUAUUUUAGUUAGUUUCGUGAUCAUGUUAACUUAUAGACCACCUUGCUACGGUCAGUAUGCUUCAAUAAGGGCGUUUAGACCGGAUUGCUUUUUUUUUUUUCGUUUAAACCGGACCAGACGGCUUCAGGCUGUCUGAUAACUCAAAACCGUGAGGAAAUCAUUUAAAAAAUUUAUUUCCUGUCAUUCUAAGGCUCGAGAUUAAUUUUUGAUUUGAUAAAUUUGCUUUUACUUUCAGUGGUGUAUGAUUUAUCUCAAAUAACCGACACAUGUUUUGCUCCUCAUCAAAUUUCACUGUCAAUAAAUAAAUCAAAGAUUUAUUAAAAAACAUAGUGCAAACUGAACAUAGUUUUGCUCCUGCAAUAUCCCGACUCGUCACUGCCUUCGCUUCUAUGAUGUUGAAAUGUGAUGAUAUAUUGUAGAGCUUUAGAAUGAUAUUAUCAAACAAUGAAUGAUUUAUUGUACAGCUUUAGAAUGAUAUGAUCAAACGAUGAAUGAUUUAUUGUACAGCUUUAGCAUGAUUUGAUCAAACAAUGAAUGAUUAAUUGUACAGCUUUAGAAUGAUAUUUUCAAACAAUGAAUGAUUUAUUAUACAGCUUUAGAAUGAUAUAAUCAAACAAUGAAUGAUUUAUUGUACAGCUUUAGCAUGAUAUGAUCAAAGAAUAAAAUGCAGGCUGUGCGCUUCCAAUUGAUUAUUUUGAACUGGCAUGUUCAAAAUAAGAGACAACAUCCUCCCUUUUGCAUUUGAUUGAGGAUUUUACAUUUUUAAUGUGAUUAGUAACCACUUGGAGUAUGAAUAACGUUAAGAUUUUUUAAAUGCACGACGGACAUGAAGUUUUCCAAGUUUUAUUGUUGAUUUACUUCGUACGCGGAAAAUAUUUUAUGUCGCUUAUCUUGGUUUCAUUGUUGAGUAGUCAAUAGUAAAUAGUAUCUUAAGUGUUGGGCAAAUACACUUCAAGACUUCUU